GCGAGAGCAAUCUUUGUAUUUCAUUGCUUGUGCAGUUGAUUCCUCACACGGCCUCUGAACAACCUGAAACAAACAUGGCUUCUGCAGGUCUCCAGAUCUUUGGCAUCUUUCUGGCAUCCAUUGGCUUUCUCGGAGACAUCAUCAUCUGUGCCCUGCCGAUGUGGAAGGUGUCUGCUUUUAUUGGGAACAACAUUGUGACAGCACAGAUCUUCUGGGAAGGCUUGUGGAUGAAUUGUGUGAAGCAGAGCACCGGACAGAUGCAGUGCAAGGUCUACGACUCCAUGCUGGCUCUGCCCCGUGACCUGCAGGCGGCACGGGCCCUGGUUGUCAUCUCCAUCCUGAUCGUCUUUAUGGGAAUCCUGCUUGCUGUCGCAGGAGGAAAGUGCACCAACUGCAUUGCAGAUGAAGUGGCCAAGAGCAAGGUGGCCAUUGUUGCGGGGGUGUUCUUCAUCGUCGGUGGUAUCCUGUGCCUGAUCCCUGUAUCAUGGUCUGCUAAUGUUGUCAUCAGGAACUUCUACAACCCCAUCAUGAUCGACGCACAGAGGCGGGAGCUCGGAGCUUUUUGUGGCAAAAUGCGGACUCAGCUCGUUGGUCUGUGUUUGGCAAUCAUCGGAUUUCUUGGCACCAUCCUUAUCUGCGCACUGCCAAUGUGGAAGGUGACAGCCUUUAUUGGGGCAAACAUCAUCACAGCUCAGGUCUUCUGGGAAGGUUUAUGGAUGAACUGUGUGAUCCAGAGCACGGGUCACUCGCAGUGUAAGGCAUACGACUCUGUUCUGGCUUUGCCACAGGAACUGCAGGCUUCCAGGGCUUUGAUCUGCGUCUCCAUCGCUGUCAGCGUGGUGGCCAUCGGACUCACUGUGGUCGGGGUCCGCUGCACCAACUUCUACCGUGAUGACUGGCUGACCAAAUCUAAUGUUGGCCUGGCUGGAGGUGUGGUGUUUAUAUUAGCAGGGCUCCUGUGUGUUGUACCUGUAAGCUGGUCAGCUCACAGCAUCAUCACAGGUUUCUACAACCCCCUGGCCACCCAGGAGAGGAGGGGAGAGCUUGGUGCUUCCAUAUAUGUGGGCUGGGCGUCUGGAGCUCUGCUCAUCAUUGGAGGAGGGGUUUUGAGUAGCACCUACAGAUGCUGAGGAUGAGGAGAAGAAAGCGAAGAGAAGAGUAUGCGAUGACAUCUAUCAGAUACAGACUGUAGUAAAAUGUACAAAAAUGUAUUAACUGUGAUGGACCUUCUUUGUUUCAGUCUUAGAUCAAAGCUUCUUUUCAACCUUAGUUAAAUUGCACUAUACUGACAUUUUACAACAAAUCAGUUCCUUAACUGUGUAAAACAUUAUGAAAUCUGUAGCAUAUUGAAGUGUACAGCAAAUUGCAUGACCAGGACAUGCAGUGUUUAUGAUUGUAGAGGAAUGAAGAUUUAAAACAUGAAGGUUGAGCUAAUAAUUGUAUAUAUUACAGGAUGUUAAAUGAAAAAUGUUGAAAGGUCCAGUGUGUAAGAUUUAGCGGCUCUAUUUGCAGAAUAUAAUAUUUAUACAUAUUCUUUCAUUAGUGUAUAAUCACUUAAAAAUAAUAAUCAUUGUAUUUUUUUUACCUUAGAAUGAGGCGUUUUUAUCUGCAGUGUCCAUCCACGAAGUCCACCAUGUUGAACAGUCAUGUUUCUAGAGUAGACCAGACACUGGCUCUAGAUAGGGCCUUUCACAUUUGAAGGGGGGAGUGAGGCAAGCAAUCUACAAAUUCUCUCUUAGAUGACACUAAAUUGCACACACUGGUCCUUUAAUGCAGACAUCCAAGUUUAUGUGAAGUGUUUUACUAUGCAUAGCACAAAUUGUGAAUUGAAUUCUGAAAGAAUAUUCAGUUUUUAAGUCCUUGAGAGACUAUUGGUGUUUAAUCAGAAUCUUAAACAGUAUUUGUUUAAACUGCCAGUGUGGUAAGGAAAUGUAUGUUUAUUUGCAACAAGACAGUUUUACUCAGAGACAAUUUUCAAUAAUCUGAAACUGAAUUAUGCAAAAUUAUAAAAAGUUAUUAUUACUCUUUAUCACUCUCAUUACACAAGGGUUGUGAAAGAAGUUGAACUGUUCUGGAAACAACUAAAAUGUCUCAGUUUCCAUCCUUUUUACUCAGUAUUGAGUUAUUGAAGUAUAUAUUUGCUUAUUGGGUUCAGUUGUUUCCAUCUUUUGCCACAUGAAGUGGAAACUCAUUUUUUGUAACUGAAAACAAUAAAAUCACUUUGUAUUUUUGUAAAGAA